UAGGUGUCUAUAUGUUUGGGACUGCAAGGUAUGAUACGGCUUUGAAUGUUUGGAUUUGGACGGAGUCCUUUGACGAGACAGCUUCUAACGCAAUUGCAUCGAAAUUUACAUGAACCGCGUUUUGAUGCAUCAGUCUGGUAUACUUGCAAGAUGUCCCGUUUGGAUCGUGACCUCAGCAGAACGUUUGUACAGUGCAACCUGGACGCUGCCACGUCAGAGUUUCUGGAAUACAGUCGGAAAACUGCCGAUUCGUUUUGUUUGCAGAUCUUCUACAGAAUUGCAAUGAUCGUUCUAUCUCUUUUUAUGUCUCUUACUGACAUGAAUGGGCUACUAGGACGUGGUGCAACCUUUCUCUUCUCCUCAAGUCAGUUGAGAAUGCUAAUGAAUGCAGCUGGUGUCACAAAUAUGGUCCAUUCGACUGUAUUGGACAUUGGAGCUGGUGAUGGGACAAUAACUGAUGAGAUGAAAGAAGUAUUUUGCUCAAGUAUAUCAGUCACAGAAAAGUCACGAACGAUGAGGCAAACACUAAGGCGGAAAGGAUACACAGUACUUGAUGUUGACCAAUGGCAUGCAGCUGAACCCUUUGACGUCAUUAGCUUACUGAAUGUACUGGACAGAUGUGACAAGCCAAUGAGCCUUCUACAAGACAUACACAAUAGUCUUGCACAAACCGGAGGUAUUCUCCUUCUUGCUGUCGUACUACCCUUCGACCCAAUUGUUCUCAAAGGACCAUGGAAAAUCGCACCAACUGAGAAGCUAAAAGUCAAAGGCAGCACAUUCGAAAGCAGCGUGAACAGGCUGGUAAGCGACGUCCUAAAUCCGCACGGUUUCAAGCUUCUCUCGUGGACAAGACUUCCUUACUUGUCAGAAGGGGAUCUGUUUGAGGCCUACUUUGUUCUUGAUUGUGCAUUACUGAUGCUGCAGAAAUGCGAGCAGUGA